ACUGAACCAUGAGUGCAGAGGAGGAACUCGAGGCCAUGAUGGUCUCCGAAUGGCUGACGGGCUUUGUAGACGAGACUGGCAUGAGCUCCGGCCCUCCCAAGAGGAGCCACGCGUCGGUGAAAGGCCUGUGGGGCCGGAUGAUGGACUUUGUCGACCGACACAUCCCCCGGAUGUUGGGGAAAUUCCUGACCCGACCGAAAGGAGAUGAGCUGUUCCCCAUCAACGACGUGGAGGUGGAGUCGGCGCUGGUGAGGGAGGACGAGGGGAGCAUGACGGAGAUCUUCCAGGAGUCGCAGGGGAGUUCUUCGUCUGGCUCCACUGAGACCACUCUGUUUUCCAAGGAAUGGUCCGUCAGCACAUAGGCGGGAGUGAAACUGAGAAACUGUCUCCAGACUUGGUUGGACUCAUACUGAAGCACACAGAUAAAUAUUCAGUUAUUGGUAUAUGAUAUUGAUCAGAUAAGGUCGAUUCAGAUGUGAUCAGAUGAUAGUCUCUUGUGAUUCGACGCUGAACGGCAGGUCAAGGUUGCUGGGCCUUGGCCCUUCUUUGGUCUAUUCAGUGAAUAGAAACUGGAGUUUGGUUUGUACGAUGAUGUUUGUGAGCCAAGCAUCGUACACUGAGUGUCUGAGUUCAGCAAGCGAUUAAAAAUGUGAACCAGUCAUGUGAGGUUUCUUGGUUUCAUGCCCCUUUAAGUGACCCCAACAAGAAAGGUAACUUCUGCCGAGCUACGUUUGACUUGACUGAAGAUGCUUUUUUCGCAAGCAACAAACGGACAGUCGCACUUUUGUCCAGUGGCUCUGGAGAACAACAUGUGCACAGUGCAGUCUGCCCGCAGCAUAGUGGACGAUUGUGUUGUGGAGCCGCCAGCUUGCAGAUUUCCCUGCCCGACUGGGAGGAAAGAAUCAGUGAUGAAGGCAGAGAACCAGGCUUCAACCAACGACACAAACAUAUCUCGGAUUUUAUGGCUCGCCCUCGUCGGACUCCUGAACUCGGGGGGCGCCCUGGCAGUGAACGUGACCAUCCCCAACACUCUGAUCAAAGGCUCAGUGGGCGGCGAAGCUCUUCUGUCCGUCCGUUACGUCAGCUUCAGCCUGGACCUGCCUGUCAUCAAAUGGCAGCUGAAGCGGGAGAAGUCCAUCACAGUGGUCCAGUCCAUCGGUACCGACAUCAUUGGGACGCUGAGACCUGAGUACCAGGAUCGCAUAUUGGUGUUUGAGAACGGGACUCUGCUGCUCCACAAUCUCAGACUCAGCGAUGACGGAACUUAUGACGUGGAAAUCUCCAUCACUGACGACACGUUCACAGGAGAGGGCAGCAUCUCUCUCAUGGUUUACGAACCCAUCUCCACCCCCCACAUCCACACUGAGGACUUUUCAGUCCUGGAACGGAGCGAGAAUCUGGUGCUGAACUGCUCUCACGAAAACGGAACCAGGGUCACUUAUCAUUGGUUUAAGGGUGGAAGUCCUCUGACCAAUGAGACCCGGUUCGUCCUGUCACAUGACAGGAAGCUGCUGACCAUCGCUCGAGUCGUGAUGGCCGACGACGACAUCUACAGCUGCACCGUGACCAAUCCUGUCAGCAGCAUGUCCAGCCCGCCGAUCAAACUGACCGUCUACAAGAGGAGCUCCCUCUACAUCAUCCUCUCCACCGGCGGGAUAUUCCUCCUCAUCACCCUGGUAACCAUCUGUGCCUGCUGGACUCCUUCAAAAAAGCAGCGAUAUCCGACCAAGAAGCUUCUCUCCAGAUCCAGAUUUCGCAAUCACCGCUCGCUCAUCCGCCACGCAGACGACUGGCAGCCAGAGGUGACGGCGGUGAAUGGGAAGAAUGCCGUGACGUCGCUGUACAUUCUCCAGAGAAAGGACCCCGCGGCGGGCGACUCCUCCAGUAUCGGAUCCCCCUCUGAGCAGGACAAGCCUCCCCCGUUCAACAGGAAUUCCCCGACGCGACGAUGACUUGCUGUCGCCGCCCAACAUCAGAGGACUGUGAAUGACAAAUGAAAGUGCUGUU